AUUUUAAUCUCCUCCUAUUUUUUCUCUCUCUUUAAUCUUCAAAACACUAUUAAUAAUUUCAAAAGAAGUAAUAUAGAAUUAAGAAUCUGUCAACCCCCUUGUCUUACGCUCUCAUUCUCAAUAAUAUUAUUAUUAUUAUCAACCCAUCUAAAACAACACCCAAAUACCCAAAUAUAGUAAAAAUCGGAAAUACCCUAAAAUAAUUUAAAAAAAAAAACCACAGAAAACUAAAACAACCCAUUACUUUGAACCGAAAAACCGCUCUGAAUUUGGCCUGAAAACCCAGAAAAAGCUGUUUUAUGUUAUUGGGUGUUAAAAAUUUUGAUCAAAAUUGGGUCUUAUUUAAGUUUUAUGAUGUGGGUAAUUAAAUUUGGAGGGAGGAAAGGUGGUGGAUGCUAACGUGAACCGGAGGUGCGUAGGGUAAUGGUGGAGGAGAGAAAACAGGGAAAUGAUUGUGUAAGGUGGGGUACAUGGGAAGAGUUAAUCUUAGGUGGAGCUGUUCUUAGACAUGGUUCUCAUGAUUGGGAUGCUAUUGCUUUGGAGCUCCAAACCCGUACCCUUUACCCGUGUCUUUUUACUCCUCAGGUGUGCAAAGCCAAGUACGAGGUGUUGCAAGAGCGUUAUUCUGGCUGCUCUGCUUGGGUUGAAGAUUUGCGGAGAAAGCGUGUAAAUGAAUUGCGUAGAGAAUUGGAGAAAUCAGAGGAAUCAAUUGGUUCUUUGGAAUGGAAACUUGAAACUCUGAAAUCUGAAAAGGCGGUCUGCGGUUUUGCUGAUCAGGGUUGUAGUGCAGCUGAAUUUUUGGAGCCACUACUCAAAUCAGGAGGAAAUGAAUCUGCCGGGAAAGAGGCAUCAAGGGAUGGAUCAUCUGCUGCGAGUUUCACUCAGGAAGCCUAUACUAGCCGGUUACUGCAUUUUGCUGAAGAAUGUGACCGAAAGCCUGUGGUUCCGGAACCUUCUUUAAGAUUAGAGAAGUUUUCGGGUAUAGACAAGUUGGUGGAGACGAUGCGCAGAGAGUAUGGAGUGAACGUUAGGAGGAAAAGAGGGAAAAGGCGGAGAAAGGAUUUGAACAAGGAAGGAAAGGAAGGAAGUGUUGAUGAUCAGAAUAACCUAAUGUCUUUUCCGGAUACCAUGUCACCCACGUCACAAGCUAAGGAAAAAUUGACUAGUGACACUGUGCAGCCUGUGAAAUCUCCUGAUGCAGAUUGUCAGGAUCCAUGCACAAGUAUGCAGACUCGUCCUGUGAGGACUCCUGAUGCAGAUGAUCAGAAACCGUGCAUGCGUAUGCAGGAAAUAGUUGAUUUUGUUAAAAUCUUUGAUUUUGUAAUGAAGAAUGACCAUGCCUCAGUGUUUAGGCGUCGACUCGAUAGCCAGAAGCGAGCCAGAUAUAAGAGGAUAAUAAGGCAGCACCUAGACUUGGACACAAUAGAAUCAAGAAUUGCCAAUAAGUGCAUCACAUCAACCGUGCAACUCUUGCGAGACUUGCUUCUGCUAGCCAACAACGCACUCGUUUUCUACUCCAAGAGCACAAGAGAGUACAAAUGCGCGUUAAUACUCCGAGACCUUGUUACUAAGAUAGUGCAUCAACAUCAUAAAGCGAGCGACAAAAAGGUUGUGAUUGCAGCAGUAUCAGAAACCCGAAAAUCACCAAUGCUAAAACCGCCUGCAAAACCAAGAAGUGCUCGGCCGUUCAACUGCAAGUUAUUCAACAAGUUAGUAGAUUCCGCGCCAGGUGAUGCUACCAUUGUCGCUGUGAAAGCACGUAUACAUCCUGCAGGAGGUAAUAGUACACUGUCCGCAGCUGAAUCGCCCCCUUUAACAAAGAAAAGUCAAGGGAAACGCGGGAAAGUUGGGCGUGUUAAACGGGGUAAUGCUGGUAUACAAGCUGAAACUCCCAUGAAAGUGAGGAAGAGAGUUAAGAGUGAAAUAGUUGAGCUAUAAACUUUGUGGGGAUGUAAUUCUCACUUCAACUCUCUUGUGUUUAAAGUUUUAAGGAGAAACUUUGGAACAUUUGAAAACAAAAUCCCAAGAUGUAUAUCCUCAUGAGUAAUAUACUUUUACUUCAAUUCGGUUU